UUCGCUGCCGAUCGGACGACUCUCGCUUGCUCUCCCUCGCAGAGCUGCUGCCGCGCUUGCUUUUCCCACAGCAGCUGUGUCGUCUUUUCUUUUUUUGUAUCCCUCCACAGCCGGAGAACAUUUCCACUCGCCUUGCCUUCCUCUUUUGCUUCAGCUCGUCACCGACGUCUCUCCCGUUUGCCGCCGCUCACAGCAUCGCCCAAACCGCAGCGGCCACGACGAUGACGGAGGCGGAGGCGUCGGAGACGACGAAGAAGAAGAAGCAGCAGCAGCAGCAGCAACAGCCACAGCAACACAAGUGCGACGGCAACGGCAGCAACGGGAGCGUUGCCCCGGAGGCCCCCAUCGAGGACGUCUUUGAUCACACGUACAGGGAGAGAGAGGGCCCCAAGCCGGCCAGUGUCAUCGUGUGGAAGAACGUCCUGCUCAUGAGCGUGUUGCACGCGGGCGCCGCGUACGGCGUCUUCCUCGUCCCCUCAGCAUCGCCCCUGACCUUGCUCUGGUCUGUACUUUGCUUUUUGAUAAGUGCUUUAGGAGUCACUGCGGGAGCACAUCGCCUGUGGAGUCACAGAUCCUACAAGGCCUCGUUACCGCUGAGGAUCUUCCUCGGUGCUGCUAACUCCAUGGCAUUUCAGAAUGAUAUCUUUGAAUGGGCCCGAGACCACAGGGUUCACCACAAAUAUUCGGAGACGGACGCCGACCCCCACAACGCCGUCCGAGGCUUCUUCUUCGCUCACAUCGGCUGGUUGAUGGUGCGCAAACACCCCGACGUCAUCGAGAAGGGACGCAAGCUGGAGCUCAGCGACCUGCUGUCUGACAAAGUUGUAAUGUUUCAAAGAAAGUAUUACAAGCCGUCGGUGCUGCUCAUGUGCUUCUUCAUCCCCAUGUCUGUGCCUUGGUACCUGUGGGGGGAGUCCCUGUGGGUGGCCUACUUUGUUCCGGCGCUGCUGCGCUACACCUUGGUGCUGAACGCCACCUGGCUGGUCAACAGCGCGGCGCACAUGUGGGGGAACCGGCCCUACGACAAGACCAUCAACCCCAGGGAGAACAAGUUUGUCACAUUCAGCGCCAUAGGCGAGGGAUACCACAACUACCAUCACACAUUUCCCUAUGACUACGCGACCAGUGAGUUUGGCUGCAAGUUGAACCUCACCACUUGUUUCAUCGACUCCAUGUGCUUCCUGGGCCUGGCCCGGGACCCCAAGAGGGUGUCCAAGGAGCUGGUGCAGGCCCGAAUGCAGCGCACCGGAGACGGAAGCCCCCGGAGUGGCUAAGAAUGUCGUGGUUCAGCUUCCAGGCAAAGACAGCGGGAAAAAGAAGAAGAAGAAGCUUCACAGUCUUUGACAGCUAUACAUUUCUCAUCCUUGGGGAUGAACGUCAGCUUCGUGAGGGCCUUGACCACAUUCUGCUUGUUUUUGUGGUUUUUUUUGUAGCUGUAACUAAACAAAUAGUUCAAGAUGGAUUAAAAUAAAAAUUAAAAUAAACAACAACACAUUUUUGCUAAGCUCUUGGCCUCGGUUUCUGUUUCACAGUCAGGCCAAGGGUCUUUCAAAGAUGUUUUAGAUUUGAAGUAGAUAACAUUUUAAAAGUCAACUUCAUUCUCUGCCAUUUCGCCACCUUGUUGUGCAUCUCUUCAUGCAGGAUCCGUCAUGUAGCCGAUCAUUUUUACGUGGGUAUUACUCAAUCAUUAAUCAAAAUAGACCAGAAGUGGAGGAAUGAAAUAUGGAGGAAGAGGUGGUUUAAGUGAUGGAGAUGGAGACUUUUGCCUUUUUCGCAGUUUACAGCAGGUUUUUACAGUUCCGUUAUAAAGUAAGAUUUUGAGUGCUCUAAGAUCUGUAAAAAGAAAAGAUGAAAAAAAGAUCACAUUUGUGUUGUUUAAAAAAAAGAGUUAGUGGCUUUGUGACAUAAGGCACAUGAUGGAUGAGUGAGGGAACCCAGACCAUCUCCUUGUGACUCGACUGUACCGACAACCAGAACCUGCCAAAUUACUGAACAGGAACCGAGUUGCGUCGUUUGUUUCUGUCUGACCUGGUUUGUCCCUCUGCAGAAAUCAGAAGCUCUGCUUAGUCUGCGUUUAAGGGGCACGUAUAUCAUUAAAUUAAUUUAUCAUUAAACUAAAACUGCCAUUCAAUAUUACCAGUAAAAUAAGAAAGAGAAGCUUUUUCACCUUAGAACCGUGCAAUGUUUAAUCGCCUUUUUGUGUCGUUGAUGAAUAUAUAUUAGAGUGUGCCUGUUGUCGCCUCUACUCUCUGUAGCCCACUAGAGUCAACGCUGCUUCUUCUCUUAAAAAAUCAUUGUGGGUGUUAUUUUUUUAAAAAUAUUAUUGUGGCAUCAGUUGGUUUUGCCCCCUUUUUGAGAUUUUGUCCCUCCUCUGUCCCUCGAAACAUCUGCAGCAGAUGUCUCAUUGGUCGUCAUAGCAGCCGGUGCGUCACGUAACGGUUCUGGUGUUGCAAAAAAGCAUGCAUCCACCCGUGCAUGACGAUAUACUUGUAGUGCGUGUUGUAAGUGAGGUGUUUCUCGUCGAUGGCAGAGCUGCGUCUAUUUUUGUAAUGAGCUGCGUCGCUUUUUGGAUCAUCAGAACUGUUGCCGUGGCAAUUUCUGAGACAGGGAGGGGGAGGGGGUCUGGUUUCCCUUCGGCGUCCUGCAAAGCUGAUUGUUGUUGCAAUAUUUCAGGUGCAUCAAUGUUUUGUUCAAUUCUGGUGUGCAGAAUGCUUAAAUGAUCUUAUUUAUGUAUUUAUUUCCCCUUUUUUUCUUAUUGAAGAAAAACAAGAAUAGUGCUCUAACCUGAAUCAGUUUCUUGGCAGACGAUCUUUUAAAAAUAUACCAAAAUUGGAGCACCGUUUUUAUUUUUUUCCCCCAAAGAGUCAGGAACCAACUUAAUGCCUUAUAACUUGCAAUCCAUUCCUGAUCUUCUCCGCGGCCUGUCAGUCGAGAUGAAAAAGGCUCAAGUACCACGAAAACAAACCUGACCCGAGAUCCAUGUUUACAGGCUGACGCACCAGGGCGAACCUUUAUUUUUUGUAAUUUUUUUUUAAACAAACAAUAUGAGCAUUUAAUGAGAGGUUCAAUUUCAAAGAAUCUGAUACAAAUUCGACGCCUGGUGCAGAUGUUUAGUCACGAGAUUUAACUCGCCAAAAUUUGGCCAAUGAUGGAUGUGCCGACUAGUGUCAUCGCAUCACAGCAUCUCACUUUGAAAACUUCCAAAUAAAAAGGUGCUGCCAUGAGGAAUGUUAGAGCACUAAGCCAAAUCAGACUAUAUAUAUAUACAUACAUAUAUAUAUAUAUAUAUAUGUAUAUAUAUAUAUAUAUAUAUAUAUCCCAUACGAGUCCCGGCUGUCCAGAAGUCAACAUUUUCCUAAUGUCAAUGAGGCAUCUCGAGAGGUUGUCAGUCUAAAUGAUCAUGUCAAAUCUAAACUGUAUUCUAUUCUGAAAUAAAAUCCACAAUAUUUUCAAUACACUCAUAAAUCAUUUUAAACAGUC